AAAUCCAGCACCCUAAAGUAGGCUAGACUUGCAUGUUUUUGUGCAACAUCACAUAGACACUAGCAAGCCGUAGUACGGGACAGACACUCCCAUCGCCUUGAAAAAUUCAAGUGCAGAAGUUCACCGCCGAGGCGGCGACAGCGCGCGCUCAACCACGCGCCCUCACUCCGGUUGCAUCCCCACCCCACGCCGUCUCUGCCCUCCGCCGUCUCGAUGCCUCCACGCCUCCCCUCCCCCGCCCUCUCCGCCCACAUACGCACGCUCUCCUCCGCCACCCGGGCCGGUGUCCCCCACCUGCUCGACGGAGUGCCGCGCCCGGACCGCCUCGGGCGGCUCCCGCCCGAGCUCGCGGGCUUCGUCCGCUCGCGCGCCGCGGGGCACACGCCCAGCCAGUUCGCCUACGGAAACGCGCUCGCGGCCUGCGCCCCGGCCGCCACGGGCGCCGGGGCGGGCAGUGUCGCCUUCGCGGAGCAGCUCUACUGCGCCGCCUGGAAGGACGGGCUCGCGGGCGACGCCUACGUCUGCAGCGGCAUGGUCGACCUGCUCGCCAAGAGCGGCCGCCUCGGGGACGCGCUCAGGGCGUUCGCGGACGGCGACCGCGGGAGCGUGGUCUGCUGGAACGCGGUCAUCUCCGGGGCCACGCGCAACGGCGAGCACGGUCUCGCCGUCGAGAUGUUCGGCGACAUGGCAUGGGGCUCCUGCGAGCCCAACUCCUUCACUUACUCCGGUGUCCUCAGUGCCUGUGCGGCAGGUGCGGAGCUGUGCGUCGGGAAGGCAGUGCAUGGGCUGGUGCUUCGGCGUGACCCCGAGUACGAUGUGUUCAUUGGGACGGCGAUCGUCAACAUGUAUGCGAAGUCGGGUGAUAUGGUCGCUGCCAUGAGGGAGUUCUGGAGGAUGCCGGUCUGGAAUGUGGUAUCCUGGACCACCGCGAUCGCUGGUUUUGUGCAGCAGGAGGAGCCAGUAGGCGCUGUUCGGCUGCUCAGAGAUAUGGUCCGGAGUGGCGUGUCGAUCAACAAAUACACGGCUACUAGCAUCUUGCUCGCCUGCUCCCAGAUGCACAUGAUACGAGAGGCUAGCCAGAUCCAUGGAAUGAUCAUAAAGACAGAGCUGUACUUGGAUUACGUUGUCAAGGAGGCUUUGAUCUGCACAUAUGCUAAUAUUGGGGCUAUUGAGUUGUCCGAGAAGGUGUUUGAAGAAGUUGGCAGAGUAAGCAACAAAAGUAUCUGGUCGACUUUCAUAUCUGGGAUUAGUAGUCAUAACCUACCGAGAUCAAUUCAGCUGUUAACGAGGAUGUUUCGUCAGGGUCUAAGACCAAACGACAAAUGCUAUGCUUCUAUUUUCAGUUCUGUGGACUCAAUUGAGCUUGGCAGGCAGCUGCAUUCGCUGGUUAUAAAAGAUGGGUUUGUUCAUGGUGUCCUUGUGGGCAGUGCACUCUCCACCAUGUACUCUAGAUGUGGUGAAAUGGAAGAUAGCUGCAAGGUCUUUGAAGAAAUGCAGGAACGGGAUGAAGUCUCAUGGACUGCAAUGAUUGCUGGUUUUGCAUCUCAUGGCCAUUCAGAUGAGGCAUUCCGACUGUUCAGGAAUAUGAUUCUUGAUAACCUUAAGCCUGACCAUGUGUCGUUAUCUGCCAUUCUUUCAGCUUGUAAUGGACCAGACUAUUUGCUCAAAGGGAAGGAAGUUCAUGGACACAUUCUUCGUGUCUAUGGAGAAACUACGUCUGUUAGCACUUGUUUGGUUUCCAUGUAUUGCAAAUGUCGAGAAGUACAAACAGCUAGAAGAAUUUUUGAUGCAACUCCAUGCAAAGAUCAGGUCAUGUUGUCUUCAAUGGUAUCUGGAUACUCUACAAAUGGUUGCACUGACGAGGCAAUCUCAUUAUUUCAGCUUAUGAUGGCAGCUGGUUUUCAGAUAGAUAGGUUCAUAUGCUCAUCUAUCCUUAGCCUAUGUGCUAACAUAGCAAGACCGCUCUAUGGAAAACUAUUACAUGGGUAUGCAAUUAAGGCAGGAAUACUGUCUGAUCUAUCAGUAAGCAGUUCACUUGUGAAGCUGUACUCCAAAAAUGGCAACCUGCAUGAUUCUCGUAAAGUUUUUGAUGAAAUAAAUUCCCCGGAUUUAGUUACUUGGACAGCUAUAAUUGAUGGAUAUGCUCAGCAUGGAAGCGGUCAGGAUUCUUUGGAGAUGUUUGAUUUGAUGAUUAGGCGUGGAGUGAAACCAGAUAAUGUUGUACCAGUGAGUAUUUUAUCUGCUUGCAGCCGUAACGGUUUAGUUGAAGAAGGCUUUAACUACUUUAAAUCUAUGAGAAACGUGUAUGGGCUUGAGCCUGUGUUACAUCACUACUGUUGUAUGGUUGAUUUACUUGGUCGAUCUGGGAGGCUUGCAGAGGCAAAAAGUUUUAUUGAGAGUAUGCCUAUGAAGCCUGACCUGAUGGUAUGGAGCACACUGCUUGCUGCUUGCAGAGUUCAUGAUGAUGCUGUACUUGGACGAUUUGUAGAAAAUAGGAUACGUGAAGAUAAUUAUGACCCAAGCUCUUUUGCAAUGCUGUCAAACAUUCUAGCAAACUCUGGAGACUGGGAGGAAGUAGCGAGAGUCAGAAAAUCAUUAAAGGGCAAAAAGAAAGAGCCUGGAUUGAGUAUGGUGUAAAGUGAAAUGGUCAAAGAGUUCUAUAAAUAAAACUGGAAUGCAGCACAGUACAUUGACUGAGAUGAAAUAAUGACACCAUCUCGGGGAGUUCUGAGAAGAGCGCUAGUUGGUUACAUGUAAGCAAUGUGCAAUGGAUAUCAUUGGUAUAUUGGAUAUACUGUUGAGCCUUUUUACACUGUUCACCAGAUUUUGCAUUGGUAGUUGUUCUAAACCUGUUAGGCAUCUGAUUAGUGACAUUUGUUCCUGAUCAUGGGGAAGACUUGAUGCCUUUCUAAAUUUGCACCGACAAUACAACUGAGUCAGGCUCUUUGCUGAACUUAAUUCGUCAUUCACUUUAUGAUAUUUGACAUGUAGGGCACACUUAUAAUUCUCAGGGAAAGUAUAUGUAUUCAUAAUACUGAAGCACUCAAUACAUACAACCAAAUCUAUUUCUCUCUCUAUUAGCCUAUCUUUUGUACAGCUAUUGGACAUCUCUCAGAGAGGCAGGGGGACAAUUGAGAGAUUCACAUGGCACAUUGGAUAUCCAAUCAUCUGAAGAAUGUAACCCCAAAUCAAAGGGGAAUUUUAUUUUGGGUGGAACUCCAUACUCAUUGCCUGUAUUGUGUCCAUUGUCAGGUUUUCUUGUAUAUGGAUCUUCGUCCCUAUUUCCAAUACCUUCAUUUGUGUCUAUAACCCAAUCAACUGCGUACCCGUUGCACUGUUCAGGGUGUUCAAACUCUAUCUCUGGCGAGGCUUCAUUCAUGCUAUUGAUUAUUCCAGGGGCUAUGCUGAAAAGCACGGCAUCUGAUGACCUCUGGAGGGUCUGUGUUUCAAAUGGAAAGAUGAUUGGACCACUAUGGAUGUCUUUGUCUGAUAUAUGAGUUAAAGACGGACCACGGCUGAAAUUUAUGACUUUACAUGAAGAGCCAUUUUGUGAACUGUUGGGUUUCUGCUGCUGCUGCUCAUGAAAGUAAUGCUGGCUAUUGAGCCGACUCACAGGUAUUGCAACUUCUGCUGAGCAAGGGGAGCUUUCGAAAGCAAAAUGUGAAGCUUGUAUGGAUUGCAGGGCAGAUAAGAGAUCUGGCUCUAUUGUUGCAGUUGACUGAGGACCCCAGGAGUGGGAUAGCGCUCUUUGUGCCAUUGAACUAGGCUUUUUAAAUAUCCUACAAAUAGCCCAGGCAUCCUGUCAUCAGAAGAUAUACAUCAUAUAUCGAGAUAUUUUUGGAAUUUUAGCACUAUAAGUAAAUGUUUUGAAUAAGAGGCUUACAUUGGCUGGAAUGUUUUUGUCUAUUGGUACUUUAGGAAGUGAUGGAUCAGUUAGUGAAGGAAGCCUGAACUCAUGCAUCAUCCAGUCAGUCUUGAUCCCUUUUGCUGCUCUCCCUUUAUAAAAGACAAGAGACUUCUUCAGGCCUAUGCACUUGGUUCCCUCGGAGGAGUAAAUGGGCCUAUCUGUUCCUGUUGCUUUCCAGAAUCCAGCUCCUGUGACUCUGUUUGGUCUAGCACUAUUACGGUACUUCCGGUCCCUUGGGCAGUAGAAAUACCAUUCUUUUUCCCCAGAACUUGCAAGUUCUAAGUGAGAGCAAGGUAAUGAAUAAAAUAUCAGAGAAAGUAAAGGUGAAUAAUCCAAUGCAAUGAAGUAAUGUUUGCAGAUAUUUAAGGUGGAUAACUAUAUUUAGUUUGGUUUUCUGAUGAGAAGGUUCUUAAGUAUUAGUGUAAAAAAUGCUCUUAUAUUAUGAAAAUAAUGUCUAUGUUUUGUGUGACUUUUGCUAUAAUUAUGGUUACUAUUGUAUUUUGAAUAUGUUGCAUGCAUACAUAAUGGAUAUGCACAAUCUUGGAUCUUCUGUGCUCCGUCUGAGUAUGAUAUGGUCUUAUUUACCAUGACCACUAGUUUACUCAUGGCUUGAAAUAUUGCUAGAAGAUUGCCCAACUUGUAUUAAGAGUAAAACUUUGUACUGAAGUGUAUCAGAAAUCACGAGUUCUCUCUCUUGUUCGUUUUAACUUUCAUAUAGGUUAACUAUGAAGACUGUAUCUUUGCUCUGUAGUUUCCCAAAAGUAAGGAGGCUAUGAGUUUAUCUUCCAUGCAUUCGGCAGAAGCAAGAUGGAAUUUAUCAACCCAGAAAAAAAUACAGAGAUGGCUUGAUGGACCUAAAUAUAUGGGAAAGAAGAAUGAAUAGAAGACGAAGGUAUCAUGUGUAACUUGAGGACAUGAGGAUGAUCCAUUUUGCACGUACUGGAGCAACGGUUAGCUUAUUUCUACUGUUAACAUCAUUGAUGGAAAUUUGGAUGAAAGUUGAUGUGACAACAGAUGUACACGUACCUAUGAAUUUGUGAUUGCUACUUUUUGUUCUAAACCUGUGCAAUAGCUUAACUGAAAAGGCGGGGUAACUGUUUAAAAACUGCACUGUGGGGAAACCUUCAUCCCAGUUAAUGCCAUUAAAAAAUAAUCAUCGUCAUCUCCUACAAUGAUAGCCUUAGCAGUGUAAUUGCCUUCAGUUUUCUACCAAGAAUCGUAUAACUCACUGCAAACUGUUGUCGCAUAUAUUGAUAUAUAUAUCAACUUUUAUUUC